AGAAAGAAAAGGAGAGAGGGUACUCAUUAAUUAAAUUGGCAACAAGGCAACACACUUGUUAGAAUAUAAUUUCUCCGAUCUUUGCUUUGGUUACACAGACUUUGUGUGUGCGUACACGUGUGUGUGUGUGUGUGUAACAUAAACCAAAGGAGGAAGUAAGGCUUUUGUCUGACUGAUACUAAGCAGUAGUCUAGAGCUUUUCCUGUUUGGUGCAGUAUGAAACACUGUCUGACCUUAAGCACCAUAAAUAAAGCAAUGGAUUACAUUUCCAAAACAAGGUAAACACGUUGUGAUCGUGGCGUUUCAGGUGAAAUAAAAACAACUUUGUUGUACAAUCCCAGAUAUUACCACGUGUAACGUUAAAUAAACUCAUAUUCAUCCUGAGAGCCUGACUGUCAGUCAGGACUUUAGGGCCAUCCCACUGGAAGAUAAGCCACUCCUGCGCAAACCAACACGGCAAACAAGACAAUCAGAUGAUCAUCAGCACACCGUGUCCACGGGAGUGACCUGCUGAAUCCAAUUAAACACCUAGUUAUCCUUGAGGUGAAUGGAUAGUGAUCUCCAUCCAGUGCACGGCAGAGCAGACACUGAGACGGAGAUUAUGCUGGUGACACACAACACAACCUAACUGAUGUGAGGGACAGAAAGGCCAGCAAAAGGUCACAGGUCUCUGGUCUUAUCUCUGGGCAUGACGAAGAGUGGAGGUGAGUUGAGGUUCUUCUCCGAGAUGCUGAGGCCUAUAUAAGGUAUGCACUGUCCACCGAGAAACACAAACUACACAGACACCUCAAGCAUUUUCCAGCUUUUGAGACACCCACAGCAUCUUUUUACUCUCACCAUGUGGAAGGCAGCACUCUUGACUCUGGGCUUGUUGGUGGCAUUGGUAGACAGGGUGCGGUCCAAUGACGGCCAUCCCUCUUUUUAUGGGGUGAAACUGUGUGGAAGAGAGUUCAUACGAGCUGUCAUCUUUACCUGUGGUGGUUCACGCUGGAGGAGGAGUGUGGGAGACUCAGCUCUUAUGGGAGAAGAGGCCUUUGACCCAUGGAACACAAAUCCCAUCCCUCAACUUAACAGUGAGCAGGAUCCUGAAGAGUCCCAAGCAUGGAGAGAUCAAACAUCAAAAGUUGCAUCUGUGGCUGCCGGAUUCAGUCGCUCAGCUCGCUCGCCAAUCUCAGAGGAGGUGCUUGAAGCCCUACGGAGUGCAGAUAGGAAAGGACGAGAUGUAGUGGUCGGACUAUCCAACGCCUGCUGCAAGUGGGGCUGUAGCAAAAGUGAAAUCAGCUCUCUGUGCUGAACCUUGUCUCUUAAAUAUACAUCCUGUCCUGUCACUAAUGCAGAGCUCUACUCUUUUCCUAUGUGAGUCCUUCGUUUGUUCACACUUAAAAUUCUACAUGCCAUCCAACUCAUCGUUCAUGUGUUGACUAUUGAUGCAGGAAUGUGACUGUGUGUGUACUAAAAAAAUAAUCUAUAUGUUUAAUAAAGCUUUGUGU